CAACAGUCAAAGUGAAAGUUUAGAUUUUCUUAGAUUUUUUUGAAAUUUUUACCUUAACAACAAAAAUAAUACAUUUAUUAAACAAUUAUCUGAAAGAACAUAACCUAGUGUUAAAGUACAACAAAUUCCUAAUGUUUUUACGUAAUUAUUAUUAAAAUAAUCAUUAUAUUUAAAAAGUUAUAAACAAAACAAAUUUUCUUCAAACUUGCCAGUAAUCCACGACAAUAAACAUUUCAAACUAAAAUUAAUCCAAUUUAUCAACAAAUAUCCAUAGAUUAUUAUACAUAUUCAGAUAGCUGAUUAAAUUCCCCGUCUUAUGAUGUCAUUAUUUAAAAAAUACCUCAAAAGUCUUCAUUUUAUCACCACUCAAACUUAAACUUUUGAUUUUCCUAAAUUUUUCUUAAAGUUUCAACUUUAACAACAAAAACAACACAUUCCCAUAACAAUUAUUAAUAAAAACAUACUCUAAUAUUAAAAUACAACAUAUAAUUAAGUAUUUACCGUAAAUAUACCCACAGAAACACCCACUUAACAACCAAUCAAAUAGCCAAUCGAAAUGUUGCUAAUUAAAUCUCAAUUGAUUUAUUCAACCUUACAUUCGCGAUAACAACAAUAGAAAAACAAUAUUGCCAGCAAUCUAACAUGUUGUAACCGAUGUAAUCUAAUCGCAAUUGUGAUAGAAUACAAUUUUUCGCUGUGAAUUUCACCGCACCACGCCAUUUUGCAAUUAUUCGCUUGAGUUCAAGUGUCGGAGUGUGCUGCUGUCCCUCACGUGCGCCAUUUUGAACAUAUUCAUACAAAAAUGAUUCAGUGACACUAAAAUCACCCCAAAGCUACACCCAACCUACAUUAAACAUAAAUAAACUAAAAGUAAAGUGAUUAUAAUUUAUUAUUUAAUAUUUAAUUUAAAAAUAAAGUAAAAUGGUGUUUUUUGUGGCAUUUACUGGUUAUUUCAUCUGGGCAUGCGUACAUUACGGUUACAAAGGAGGACCUUUUGAGUAUACGUGGUGUGAUGGAUUCGGAUUUCUGUGCGUUUUGUACUUUUUCAUUGCGUUUGGAUAUUUUUACAACUACGUUUGGUGUCCGUACAUAAAGAAGCCAUUUUAUAAUCAGAUAGUGGAUCCUACAGCGAAGAAUCUUAGACAAAUCUUUGAACAGAAGCUUUACCGAUGGAUUUCAUGGAUUGCUGUGUUAGCAAUCAUUGCAGCCUUUGUGAUCUACGACACGUGGGAGGAACCAGACCGAUUGGUAUCAGCCGGCGGAUUAGUUGUAUUUCUUAUUUUGGGUUUCUUAUUGAGUAACAACCGCACCAAGAUAAAUUGGAGGACAAUCUUCAGCGGCUUAGUUUUGCAAUUUAUUUUUGGUUUAUUCACGCUGCGAUGGGACACAGGACGUGCCAUGUUCCAGUGUGCUGGUGAUAAAGUAACCAUAUUCUUGGGAUACGCCGUGGAGGGUUCCAAAUUUGUUUAUGGUGAAUAUUUGGUUGACGAUUUGAAGAUUUUCGCUUUUAAGGCGAUUUCAACCAUCUACUUCCUUGGAUUCAUGAUCAACAUCCUCUAUCACUUGGGCAUCAUGCAGAAAAUCAUCCUUAAUCUCGGCUUGCUGCUGCAAGGCGUGAUGGGCACAUCGAUUUGCGAAAGUGUCAACGCCGCGGCGAAUAUUUUCCUCGGACAGAGUGAAGCACCACUGCUGCUGAAGCCAUAUCUGAAGGACCUUACGGGUUCAGAACUGCAUUCAGUGAUGACGAAUGGCUUCGCUUCCGUUUCCGGCACAGUGCUGGCGGCGUACAUUGACUUCGGCGCGAACGCCGCACAUUUGAUCACUGCCAGUGUUAUGGCCGCCCCCGCUGGGUUAAUGUAUAGUAAAUUGAUGCUGCCUGAAGAAGAGGAGACGGUUUUGAAUGAGGAGACUAUUGGGAUGGCUGAAUCUGAAUAUUCUUCAGUACUAGACGCAGCGAGUCAAGGCGCAUGCCAAGCAACCCAAAUCGUCCUUGGAAUCAUCGCGAAUCUAAUCGCCUUCAUCGCCACAGUAUACUUCAUCAACGGAGUCUUAGGCUGGAUGGGCAUGCUCGUCGGUUUCACCGGCCCAGAAGAAAUUUGGUCCGUCGAAUUACUAAUGGGUUAUAUAUUCAUGCCUGUGAGCUUUCUUCUGGGCGUUCCCUGGGAUGAAUGUCAAACUGUGGGCAAACUCAUCGGUCUGAAGACCAUGGUGAAUGAAUUUGCUGCCUUCCAACAGUUCAAAGACGCUGAUAUUUCGCCAAGGUCAAGAAUUAUUACAACAUUCGCCCUGUGUGGUUUUGCGAAUCCUGGAUCCAUGGGAGUGAUGAUUUCGGCGCUGAGUACCUUAAUUCCGCAUAAAACUGGAUUGGUGACGCAACAUGUGGUUCGCGCCUUUGUUUCUGGGACGAUUGUGUGUUUCACCACUGCGUGUAUAGCUGGUAUGCUUAGUUCCAGCGAGAGUACUAUAUAAUUGUAUUUAUUUUACUUUUAAUAUGAAAUUUAUGAGAAAAAUUCAUGAUAAAAAUUGUUAUUUUGUGAUUUUUAAUAAAAAUUGUUCAAAAA